AUGGUAAACAAGAAAAGCAAGAAAGGACCUACGAGCAAGAAAAUUGUCUCUAGAAAAGAAGAGACACAGAAUCAUAACCAGAAUCAACAAGAAGUUGAAGGCAUGUCUAUGGAUUUGGCCGGAUCCUUAGACAAAAUGAAGACUAAUGUCGAAGCAUCGGUCACACAACUCAGAAUUCUUGUCAAUCGUUCCUUGGAAAAGCUAGACACUUUGGGAACAUUGCGGGAUGAGUUAAAAGGACUCAAAGAAGACUUCAAAACCGUUGUCGACAUCAUACGCCUCGAGAUGCAAGCCAUGAUCCAGGAGGAAAUCGCAAGGCUGCAGAGUGAGGUAGACGCCAAGAUUCAAAACUUUCACAAAAACUUUGCUGAGUUAGAAGCAAAAUUGAUCGACACCAACAAGGCAAAACUAGAAGCAUGUCUGGGGUCCAUGCAAACUUAUGACAGAGAGUCAAUAGUUGAAAAGAUAAAAGACAAAAAGAUUUGCCCUAUUUCCAAGAUAGAGAUUAAUACCACAUUAACACCAAAUGUCCUCAUAAAAGAGAUGAUUAUGGAGUGGAGUUGUAAAAAUAAUGGAGGGCCAUUUGAGUUAUUUGUGAACGAGGUAGUGGCAGAAAUUCAGAAAAAGAAGAUUAGCGGAUAUACUGAGAACAUCAAUUCGAUCAACCCAAUGGAUAAGCGGAGGACUGCUCUAAUGCUUAGGGCAUUAACCCAUUUUAACGAGGCACACUGCCUACACCUUGCUUAUCCGGUAACGGUUUACAACAUAGUUAAAGUCCUUGUUCAACAUGAACAUAAUGACGAAGAGUUCGAGGAAGACUUGCAUUACACGGUCUAUCAUAUUGCAGUACAUGAAGCAAAUAGAGGGGUCUUAUGCGAAUAUACAAUGUUGAUACUAUUUCUGAUUAAUGGGUUGGAACAUGGAAAACCGGAUACAAUUAGAAAGAUAUGUGCAUCUACCAUACGGGAGCUAUCAUAUGUUAGAGACAAUCAAGAAAAACUUGGACAGAGCGGGGCUGUGAAGACCUUCAUAGGUGUUUUAAAGAGACGUGAUUCCCUAAUUCAAAACGACGCUGCUAAAUCUUUGUUGUACUUGUGUGAAAAUCCAAAAAAUACCGAAAGAAUACUUGUCGAGGGAGGAGUAGAGUUGCUCUAUGAAUGGAUUUCAAGUAAGGAAUUAGUUGUAGAAGUGGUCAAACUCCUUGUGAAAAUCACUGAAAAUGCGUUGGUGUGCCUAAGGUGGAGAAACAUCAACGGUAUACGGUUGUUAUUUUCAACUUUGAAAGAUGAUGAUUGUGCCAAGGAAACAAAGCUGGAUUUUCUAGAUUGUUUGAUAAAUGUAUGCGGGCUCGAUCCAAAUUCACGGAUGGACAUGCGAGGAGAUGAUAACCUUGUAGCCUUCAUCUUAGAACUGGGUAAGAGUAAAGAGCAUCUUGUUAAAGUAAAAGCUCGUGAGUUGAUGAACAAGAUAAACAACCGGGCGAAGUAUUAG